GCAGCCCCUAGGCCUGGCGGCGGCGGCGGCGGAGACGACGGGGACGAUGCCUCAUUGCGGACGCGUCGGCCGCCUGUUUGAGCUAUGCCUUUGGGUUUUGACGAAGGACAUCCCCAGGUACAUCUCGGACUUCAAACCCUUGCCUCCCAACAUCAAAGAUAAGCUGAUUCAAAUAAUGAGUUUCCAAGGGCAGAUCACGGAUUCCAAUAUCAGCGAGAUCCUGCAUCCUGCAGUGGAAACCUUGGAUCUCCGGAGCUGUGAUAUUUCGGACGCUGCCCUAAUGCAUCUCGGCAACUGCAGAAAACUCAAGAAAUUACAUUUAAAUUCCUCGAAAGAGAACAGGACUUCCAUAACGUCAGAAGGAAUAAAAGCGGUGGCCUCGUCUUGCGUGUAUUUGCUGGAGACCUCUCUGAAGAGAUGCAGCAGCCUCACGGACGAAGGCGUUAUGGCCCUGGCGCUUCACUGCCGGUUUUUGAAGAUCCUCAACUUAGGGGGCUGCCUCGGGAUCACCGACCGGUCCCUCCGGGCCCUGGGGGACAACUGCCCGCUGCUGCAAAGUGUAGACUUUUCAGCCACUCCGGUCACCGAUGGGGGUGUGAUAGCACUUGUUAGCGGAGUGUGUUCAAAGAAGCUGGAGGAAAUCCACAUGGGCCACUGCGUCCACCUGACCGACGAAGCCGUGGAGGCCGUCCUCACUUGCUGUCCUCAGAUUCACAUUCUCCUCUUCCACGGCUGCCCACUGAUCACCGAUCAUUCGCGAGAAGUCCUGGAGCAACUGGUGGGCCCAAAUAAAAUCAAGCAAGUGACGUGGACCGUAUAUUGACGCCGUUGAAAAACGGGAGCAGCGAUCCACUGCAGCGGGAAAAGGCGGCCUCCGGAACCCCCCCACCGCGCCGUCCGGAAUCCCGAUGGAUCCGUGGUCUCGGUCUCCCUCUCCGGGAUCGCCGGCUGGCCAUCUGCAUCCCAGCCCAUCCUCGGGGUGUGAGUCGGAUUCCGGAUUAAACGCUUGAGAUACGAGCAGCAGCCUACGCUCUCCCACGCGAGA